GGUUAGAAAUCAACAUUCUAGUUAUCGGCAACUCUUCCCUCAAUACCCAAAUCAAAAUCCCAAUCGAGCAGAUUCAAGGAAAAGCAAGCAAGUGCUCGUUCUGCCAAGCACCCAACAAUGUUCUCUGCUGUUCCCUUGAGAAGUCCGUUCACCGCAAUAGUGCCAGAGAAGCUUUAUCUGGCAGCCCCGUCCGUCCUUUUUCACAGUAAUAACCCACCAUUUCUCAGUCUCAGAUGCUGCGUAUCAUCAAAAUGCUUGGCGAAUCAACACUCCUUCACGAUCUCUUACCUCAUGGACUCAUGCGGGUUGUCCCCAGAAACUGCUAGUUCUGCAUCAGAGAAGGUACACUUCGAAACCCCAGAAAGACCCGACUCCGUCGUUACUCUCCUCAGAAACUACGGAUUCUCCGAAACCCAUAUCUCAAAUCUUGUUAGAAGACGCCCUUCGCUGCUUUUGGCAAAUCCUGAGCAAACCCUUUUGCCGAAACUCGAGUUCUUCGUCUCUAUCGGGAUUCCAAAACCCGUCCUGGCAAGAACCCUGUCUUCAAAUCCAACGCUUCUCACGAGGAGCUUGGAGAAGCAAAUCAUACCUUCUUAUAAUUUCCUCAUAAGUAUAGUUCGAUCCAACUAUAAGGUCGCCUCCGCUAUGAAACGGACUACGUGGAUUUUCCUGGAAGAUUAUGCGAAGAAUUUGGAACCCAAUAUUGGAGUUCUGAGGGAAAUCGGAGUGCGGGAGUCGUGUAUUUCGUUGUUGGUAACUCAUUUUCCUGAGGCUCUGGUACAGAAAAAUGAAUUAUUUUGUGAAAUUGUUGAUGAGGUUCAGAGAAUGGGAUUCGACCCAUUAAAAUCGACCUUUGUGCUGGCAGUACACGCCCUUUCAGGGAAGGGGAACAAAUUGAUAAGGGAUCGCUGUUAUGAGACUUAUACCAGGUGGGGUUGGACUGAAGAUGAUAUUCUUCUGGCAUUUAGAAAGCACCCACAUUGUAUGAUUUUGUCUGAAAAGAAGAUCACGAGAGCAAUGGAUUAUUUUGUCAACAAGAUGGGGUGGCCUGCAGGAUUGUUUGCUAGAUGCCCAGUUGUUCUGUUCUUGAGCUUGGAGAAGAGAAUCAUCCCGAGGUGUUCGGUGAUUCGAAUUUUGUUGUCAAAGGACUUGAUCAAGAAAGAAGUGAGCUUGAGUUCUGUCUUACUGCCUGUGGAGAGGUUGUUCUUGAAGAGGUUUGUGACCAAGUAUGAAGAGGAGGUACCUCAGCUGUUCAGCGUGUAUCAAGGGAAGACGGAUGUUUUGGAAGUGUGAUUAGCGGAUGUCUUCAGGCAGAAAUGAGUGAAAAUUGUUUGCUGCAUUCUUCAUAAUUCUAACUAGUUGGUCGUUUUUUGCACUUAACUUGUUACUCCUAGGUGCUAACUGCUAUCUUCCUUGGUUGUUUUUGGAAAGAGGCUACAUCUUGGAUGUUCUUUGUGGUAUCAACUAUCAAGGUCAACAGAUAUAUUAUCUGUGCUGAUGAUCAAGACAUAUCUGAUUGAAUAUGCAGUCCACACCUAUUCUUCAAUAUACUAAAUUGGGAUGUUGGAAAUUCUUCUGUGUUGUAGGGAUAUCCCAGUGUAAUGACUUCCACCAGAGGCCUUCGACAUAUGCCAAAGAGCUCAAUGUUCUUUUUAGCAGCAUUGUAGCUAUAAGGGAAAACAUUCUAUGCUCGUAGAUGGACCAUUCUGGAUGAUGAAAAUAAGAGCUAAUUCCUAUUAAUGGCAAAAAGGCCAUGACAAAUGAUGCCCAUUGAAGCCACAGGGAAAGGCUGGAGCUAGUUCGUAGUAGAGGAAAGAAGCACAGAAGGUAAGUAACCAUGUAGAGACACGUACCAAGAGAUCUACAAUGCCCUUCACCAACUUUGAUAGGAUGGAAGAUUUUGUUCUCAAAGGUAACUUGUACAAGCAUGCUAUUAUAGGUGUACCUAAGCUUGGUGAAACUCUACUUUGACAUGACUUGUUCCAAUUCAUGAAGUUGUAUGCAAGCUAACACUAAUUGUAGCCCUUAUAGUUUAUGUUUUAUUUCUAUCAAAUAAUAAUUUAAUUUUAAAUUCUUACUACACCAUUUUUUUA